UCUCGAAACUCCCCCAAUUCAUCAAUGGAAGCAAUGGAAACGCUUCUUCUUCUUCUUCUCUUCUUCUCCUCUUCGUUCUCUCCACGAUGCCAAUCUCGCUUUGAUCCUCUUCUCAUCUCCAUCAUCCAUGGCGAAGGCUUCCUGGCGGUCCUCGGAUCGAUGGCUCUGGUGCAUACUCGUCUCCGCUGUUCUUCUCACUCUCUUGAUGACUUUCUUCUUGCUUUUCGCUUUCAAUUUCGAUCAGGAUGAUGUUUCCGAAUUGAUUCACAAUGAAAAGGUUGAUGGGAUUGGGGAGAGAGGGGGGCAAUGGAUGGAGGUGAUCUCGUGGGAGCCUAGAAUCUUCAUCUACCACAAUUUACUGUCCAAUGAAGAAUGUGAAUACUUGAUUAAACUUGCUUUGCCACAUAUGCAACAGUCCACAGUUAUUGACAAAAAUACUGGUGGGAACAAAAGCAGCCGGCAACGCACAAGCUCAGGAAUGUUUCUCAAACGUGGACAUGAUAGCAUCAUUCAAGCAAUUGAGAAAAGAAUUGCAGACUUCACAUUUAUACCAAUAGAGCAUGGGGAGGGCCUUCAGAUUCUCCAUUAUGAAGUUGGACAGAAAUAUGACCCACAUUAUGACCAUUUCCACAACGCUGAUAGAAUAGCUACUGUUCUAAUGUAUCUUUCAGAUGUUGAAGAAGGAGGUGAGACAGUGUUCCCUCUCGCCAAUAAUACCAUGAAUUCAAUCUCAAGGUCCAGCAAUCUGUCUGAGUGUGGAAAAAUGGGCCUUUCUGUGAAACCUAAGAAGGGAGAUGCACUUCUCUUCUGGAGCUUGAAGCCUGAUGGCUCUCUAGACACUACAAGCUUGCAUGGUGGAUGCCCUGUGUUAAAAGGGAACAAAUGGUCAUCAACAAAGUGGCUGCGAGUAAACAAAUAUUUAUAAUUCAUCGAAGUAAUGGCUCGCCGAUAAUUACAUUCAUCCAAGUUAAUAAUUCUCAUGGUCUCAUGCCAUUCAUCUGCUGUUUGAUACUUUUGUUACUAAAUUGAACUCAUCUAUUUUAUUUUGUUGAACACUGAACUAUUAAAACAAAAAAGAAGGGAAAAAAACUAAUG